GCCCCUGGUUUCCUUCAGCUCAGAAGAAAAGGAGAGGCCAGCAUGCCCCGCCUUCCCCUGCUGCUGCUGCUGCUGCUCGGGUGCCUGGGGUCUCAUGGGUUUCCAGCCACUUCAGAAACACAAGAGCAAGACAUGGAGAUGGUCCAGAAAUACCUACAAAACUAUUACAGCUUAGAGGUUGGAACCAGCCGAUUCGAAAGGCAGAGAAACCACGGUUCAAUGAUUGAAAAAUUAAAGCAAAUGCAGGAAUUCUUUGGGCUAAAAGUGACUGGAAAGAUAGAUGCUGAUACCCUGGAUAUUGUGAGGAAGCCCAGAUGUGGAGUGCCUGACGUCUCAUCCCGGUAUGAACUCACUCCAGGGAACCCUCGUUGGCAGAGCACAGACCUGACCUACAGGAUUGAAAAUUACACCCCAGACCUGUCGAGAGCAGACGUGGAGCAGGCUGUUAGGAAGGCCUUUCAGCUCUGGAGCAGUGCCUCACCCCUGACCUUCACCAAGGUCUCUGAGGGGCAAGCGGACAUAAUGAUAUCCUUUGUCUGGAGAGAUCAUCGUGACUACUCUCCCUUUGAUGGACCUGGGGGUGUACUCGCUCAUGCGUUCCAACCAGGAAUAGGUAUUGGAGGAGAUGUUCAUCUUGAUGAAGAGGAAACAUGGACCAAAGAUUUGAAUGCUUACAACUUGUGUUGGGUUUUGGCACAUGAAUUGGGCCAUUCCUUUGGACUUUCUCAUUCUACUAACAUGGGGGCUUUGAUGUACCCCAACUACAUCUACACUGGUGAAGUUUAUCUGUCUCAGGAUGACAUCAAGGGCAUCCAGGCCAUCUAUGGGCCACCUAAUAAACUGCAGCUGGUCCCAGUGCUACAAAUCCCCCAACCCUGUGAUAACAGGAUAGCAUUUGAUGCUUUGACCAAAAUUCGUGGGGAAUUGUUCUUCUUCAAAGACAGGUUCAUCAUCCGUGCUCAUCCGUACUACCCAAGGGUCGAAGUCAUGUUCAUCUUUGUUUUCUGGCCAGAUCUGUCAAGUGGGAUUGAGGCAGCUUAUGAUGUUCCUGAAAAAGAUGAAGCCCUUUUUUUCAAAGGCAGUAAAUACUGGGUUGUUAAGGCAGGUGUGAUACUGCCCAGUUACCCCAAGGACAUCUACAGUUCCUUUGGCUUCCCUAGAAGGGUGAGGAAUGUCGAUGCUGCUGUCCAUGACGAGGAAACCGGAAAGACGUACUUCUUUGUUGACAAUGAGUACUGGAGGUAUGAUGAAAACAGGGAGUCCAUGGAUGCAGGUUAUCCCAAAGAGAUAGCUCAAGACUUCCCUGGGAUUAGCGGAAAAGUUGAUGCUGUUUUCGAACAUGAAGGAAAUUUCUACUUUUUUCAAGGAUCGAGGCAGUACAAAGUUGAUCCUAAAACAAAGAGAAUUUUGGCUUUGCUGGAUGCUAACAGCUGGUUCAAGUGCUGAAAUAACUGAUCAUUGAUUAUCACAAAGGAGGUGGAAAAUAUUCUUUAUGUGCGUAAAAAUAGCCUUUAUUUCCUGAGCAGCCACAUUUUCAAUAUUUUAUAUAUCCUCCUGAGGUCACUGAGUUAAAGACAUAUAAGUAUGACCUUAAGUGAAAGUGAAGUCACUCAGUCGUGUCCGACUCUGCGACCCCAUGGACUGUAGCCUACCAGGCUCCUCUGUCCAUGGGAUUCGCCAGGCAAGAAUACUGGAGUAGGUUGCCAUUUCCUUCUCCAAUCUGGGUACACAUUCUGUGUUAACUAAAGUAUACUGCUUCAUGAACUUAUACAAUUUAGCUUCAAGCCAGCACUAAGGAAGUUGAGGUCAUGACUUAUCGUUAAGUUUAUAUAGAAUCUCUUUGGGUUUUCAGAUCCUGGCUGUUACAGGGAUUCUUAUCUUAUCCUCCCUGAAAGAGUCUCCAGUUUCAGCAAAAGAAAAAUAGCAUAAAAGUAUAUGCCUCUGAAUGAUAAUGUCAUCCUGAUAUAUAGAGAUCUGCACUGUCUCAUAUUAAAGAAAAUCAUAUAUUUACUAAUUUGUAAAAGAACAUAAAAUUAGUUGUUUAGAUACACACAGAAAAAGCACAUAUGUAUAAAUUUCAACUUUUACAAAGUAAUAUAAUAGAUAUUCCGUACUCAGAUCAAGAAAAAAUAGUUUUACAAGCAUCCUUUAUGUAUUUAUGGUGCUCCCUUACAGACACCCUGAUAGCUCAGCUGGUAAAGAAUCCGCCUGCAAUGCAGGAGACCUGGGUUCGAUCCCUGGGUUGGGAAGAUCCCCUCGAGAAGGGAAAGGCUACCCACUCUAGUAUUCAGGCCUGGAGAAUUCCAUGGACUGUAUAGUCUAUGGGAUCACAAAGAGAUGGAUAGGACUGAAUGAUUUUCACUUUCCCUUACAGAAACCAGACCCCAAGGAUAGGCGCCAUCUUGACUUCUGACAGUGUAGCUUACUUAGCCUGCUUCUGCACUUCAUAUAAAAGGAAUUAUGCAAUAUAAAUAUAUUUGUUCAUGUCUUUUUUCACUCAGUGCUGAUGGCUGUGAGUUUUAUCUCUAU